CCCAAUAUUAUUUAUAGGGUAAUUUUUCAGGAAGUAACAAAUUUUGUGCAAUUAUCCAUCAAUAUCCAAUCAAACUGGAGAGAUGUCUCAACCUCAGGUAGACGAGGGAUACAAUAAAGACACAGCCGACACGCUUAGAUACAAGGAAUUGUUUGAAAAGCUCGAUGUGAACAAAGAUGGACGAAUUGAAAUUUCCGAACUCAGUACUGCACUUGCUGCAAAGAAAAAUAUAUCAAAUUCACAAGCUGUUGGACAUGCCAAGAAACUUUUCAAACGUGCAGAUUCUGAUGACAGCAAAUCUUUGGACUUCUCUGAGUUUGUGGAGUAUAUGGGCAAACAUGAGACUGAACUGAAGUUAGCAUUCUCUAGUCUUGACAAAAACAAAGAUGGCCUUAUAGAACCUAAGGAGAUUCAAAUUGCCCUACUUGACCUUGGGAUUGAUAUCGAUCUUGAGGAAGCAAAAAGACUCACAAAAAGAUUGGAUCGUGAUGGGAACUUGAAGUUGAGUUAUGAGGAAUGGAGAGAGUUCUUGCAAUUAUACCCUCACACUGACUUAGAGGACAUUGUCAAAUACUGGCGGGCUUCCUUGAUGAUCGACAUUGGUGACAAUUUGACCGUACCACCAGAAUUCACGAAAAAGGAGAAAGCAACAGGAAUGUGGUGGCGCCAUCUUUUAGCAGGUGGUUUGGCUGGGGCAGUGUCAAGGACAUCAACAGCUCCUCUAGAUAGGCUAAAGAUAUUAUUGCAGGUGCAUGGGGCAAGUAAAAAUCUUGGUAUAGCCAGUGGAUUUAAAUACAUGAUCAAUGAAGGAGGGAUCAAAUCUCUGUGGCGAGGAAAUGGAACGAAUGUACUGAAAAUAGCACCAGAAUCUGCCAUCAAAUUUGCAGCAUUUGAACAGAUCAAAAAGUUUGUCCAAGGUGACAAGAAAAGCAUUGGUGUAAUAGAGAGGUUUGCAUCUGGAGCCUCAGCAGGGGCAUUUUCCCAAACAUGUAUUUAUCCAUUAGAAGUAAUCAAGACCCGUAUGGCUGUUAUGCAGAGUGGGGAGUUUAAAGGUAUACUUGACUGUGGCUUGAAAAUAAUGCAGAAAGAGGGAUUUGGUGCUCUAUAUAGGGGAUAUGUACCAAAUCUCCUAGGGAUAAUACCUUAUGCUGGAAUAGACUUAACCAUCUAUGAGACUUUGAAACAGAUUUACAUGAAGAAAAACCCAGAAGUGAAGGAACCCAGUGUAAUGUUGCUGUUAGCAUGUGGCACAGCUAGCAGUACAUGUGGUCAACUGGCUAGUUAUCCAUUAGCUCUAGUUAGAACCAAACUCCAAGCAAGAGUGACAUCUCACACAAGCUUCCUCGGACUUGGAAAACACAUAGUUGAGAAUGAAGGACUUUUAGGACUCUAUCGCGGCAUAGGACCAAAUUUUAUGAAAGUUUUACCAGCCGUCAGCAUAAGUUAUGUGAUAUAUGAAAAAGCCAAAUCUCAAUUGCAAGUCAAGUAAUGGAAUAUAUGUGGUGUUUAAGGUUGGCAGAGUCAAAUGGUGUUGUAUAUGAUACCACUAUGCAAUUAUAUAUGUUAAAGGUCCCAGAUUUAGUUAGAUUGCUGUAUUUGGACUACCUUAAAUGAAAUAAAAAUGUAUUUGAUGACCAAUUAGCCCAUAGACAUUAGUCUUUUAUAUUUGUAGAAAUCCCUGGUAAGGAAGUUCUCAGUAAUCUCAUUUUCUCUACUUUUAUAAAGAUUUUAGAUGGUAGAUAUAAAGACCACCAUACAAACAAAAAUAAAUAUGCAAAAUAUCUCUUAAAGUAUGGCUAUAUUUAAUGCCAUUAAAUUACCUUUGGUAAAACUGGUUUAAGGACAUUUAUAGUUUAAUGUGUUUAACGCCUCAUUUUAGACACCUAACAGGAUGUUAAACGUGUGAUUAAUUUUGAAUGGCCUAAGUGAAAUACUCAUUAGCAUUGCAUAUUUUGCAGCAAAAUAAAAACUGAAUUUAUAAUUUUCAUUGAUUUAACUUCAUGAAGCAAGCUAAAUAAACCUCAGGUUCGGAUAAUAAAUCUUGCAAAAACAAAACAAAGACAUCAAAUACCUCAAUGUCUCAUAAAAUGGAUAUGUAUUUGCAAUAGUGAUGUUAUGUGCAAGUUUAAAAAACAUAAAUCAAAACCCUGCAAUUGAAACAUUUACA